CUCUGUUUUCACUCUGUUGAACUGAGAUUUGUUAGCUGAGAAAACAGAGCACCAUUGACCGAUAUAUGGUGCAAUUCUUCAUCUGAUCUUUCCAGCUUUGUUUUGCUAUUUUUUUUUUUCUUUUCUUUUCUUUUGUUGUUCAAUCCCUUUUUCCUUUCCUCAUCAAUGGAGGAUACUGCAAUAAUCCAUCCUGCUGCUUUAGAGAAGAGCGCCAGGAAAAGAAAACGUCCCGAAUUACUCCAAACUGAAAGCUCAUCAAGAUCAAGUUCCAUUUUCCAGUUGGACGAGCUGAAUCAAGAUCUUCUUGAACAAGUUCUCGCCUGGCUUCCAACCUCCAACUUCUAUCGCCUCACUUCUGUCUGCAAAAGAUGGAAAUCAGCUGCCAGUUCAGCCACUUUUAAGCUUACCUGCUCGAAAAUCCCAGCAAGGGAACCAUGGUUCUUCAUGGUUGAUCCGCAGGAUCCUCAAUUGAAAAACCCACUUUUUGUUUUUGACUCUGCUGAAAAUAGCUGGAAGCAGAUCAGUUUUUUCUCCUCGCCAUAUUUUCAGCAGCUGGAAAAACAGAGCUCCGGCAACUUUGUGCCGGUUGCAGCAUCUGGAGGUCUGAUUUGUUUCAUGUCUUCCCAAUUCGAAUUCAUAGUUUGCAACCCUUUAACUUCCAGUUACAAAAAGCUUCCUCCUUUAAGAAGCUCUGAACAGAGCAUUAACCAUCUUCAAGCCAUAGCCAUGAUUUCCACCCCAGAAUCAUACAAAAUUGUUUUAGUCCAUGGUGAAAUUUCACAACUUUCAUUCCGGGUUUACAGCUCAAUGAAGCAUCAGUGGGAGGAGGAAGAGAAAAUGCAUCAUCGGAGAUCCGAUUCCGUUGAUCAUUCUGCUCACCCCUGUUCUGAAACAGGGUCAUCGGCGAUGGAAGACGAUGAUGAUCAUGCAGUCUAUUUCCUGAGCAAAUGCGGGAAUGUCGUGUCAACCGAUUUGCAGAGAAGCCCGUGUAAGCAGUACUCAUCGGUUAUAAUUGAUCGAAACGCCGAAAAGAUCAUGUAUUUCUUCAGCAAUUCAGGGAGGAUUGUCGCUUGCAAUCUCACCAAGAAAUCCUACUUUGAAUAUCCAAGGAUAUUGCCACUUUGCUACGAGUACUCAAUCGAUCUGGUUGAGUCCAAUGGGGAAGUUUACGUGGUUCUGCUCAUGGAAUUCCUCGAAAGCGCGAGUCUUCGGGUGUGGAAAUUUGAUGAAUUGGCUCAAUCUUGGGAUCAGAUUGCAGCAAUGCCUCCAUCAAUGUCGCAUGAAUUCUAUGGUAAGAAAGUUGAUAUAAACUGCAGUGGUGGUGGAAAUGAGAAGCAGGUUCUGGUGUGCUUGAAUUCUGCAGAAGUUUGCAGCUAUUUUUUGUGCAAUUUGGUGGAAAAUCAGUGGGAAGAAGUACCAAAAUGUAGUGUUGGUGGUGAAGUGAAAGACUUUAGUUGUGCAUUCACAUUUGAACCUAGGAUUGAAGCUUCUGUUUGAACAAUGACAGACCUAAAAUGUCAAAGUAGAUCUUCGGUUGGAAAAUGACCAAUUUUCUCAAAUCUCAAUAUUCACAGUUCAUUCAUAUUUUUGAUGUACUUUUUCUAAUUACUAUUAUUUCACAUGUACCAUCGACAAUUUAUUUUGUACCUCGAUCUUCCAUAGUUCAGAAAGCAAACCCUAACUUGAUUAUUGCAAGUAAUUUAUCAUUAUUAUUCUUUCGGAG